AUGGCAGACACACCGAAUGAUUUACCCCAGCGGCCCGGAACUCGCGGUCGCGAGCGCCUAGGUACACUUGCUGGCGGUUUUCAUUUUAGAGGCACAAGUGCAUCAAACACACCCCUCAGCGUGGAUGCAGCUCGGAUGCGGGAUGCUCGUCUGGAUCCGCGGCGCAGGGCUGCAGAGCAGCAGCGAGACACUGCUGCACGAGCUGCUGCUCGUGAAGACCCAGAGUACGGGGCUGCGGAGCAGCAACACCACCGAGACCCGGAGGGCUGGGCUGUGGGGCAGCACCACCACCAAGACCCGGAGCGCAGGGCUGCAGAACAGCAGCGUAACACCGCUGCACGAGCUGCUGCCCGUCAAGAUCCGGAGCGCAGGGCUGCACAACAGCAGUGUAACACCGCUGCACGAGCUGCUGCCCGUCAAGAUCCAGAGCAAGAGCGUGACACCGCUGCACACGCACAGGGCCGUGCUCAGGUGCAUGCAAUACAGCAUCCACAAGCCAGCUUGCUUGAACGCUUGCGGAACCUCAUGCGGUUUCCCUGUUUGCACGAGGGCCAGCACCCACGGCCGCCUGAUUUUCUGGAGGCCAUUCCGGAAGGGCGCGUGCAGGAUUUGCCCGGCGGUGAACUCCCGGUGGAUCGGCAGUGCUCGGAGGAACAGUCCACGCUCCGUGCCUGGCUGGACAUUCCCAAUGUGGACCUUUUGCGCGCCGACAUCAUGUGCACCGCCGCAGUGCCGCGUCAUGCGCAUCCGGUUCUGCCGGCUCGGUAUCGUAUCGGCAGAUCCGAACGCGCGAGUAGUGCUGGCAUCGGUGGUGACCCUGAUCGAGCGGCAUUCGUAGAUGAAGAUGCGUUAGCAGUUGACAGCGACGUUGGAGACAACGGGACUAAUGAGCCAGGUGCUGCAGAUGACGCGGCCACAAUGCAGCUACCUCCGGAAUUACAACCCCAUCCACCGCGGGUGCAGCCGCGGCCUUGCGUCGAUGACCCAAUAAGUGUGGAGGUUCCGUUUUGCAUGCGUCUUGAUACAGAGUUGCCGAACCGGACCGUGUUCCGACACGAUGAUGCUCCGGAUGAAUUCACCAUCUGCACCUCGUGCGAGAAGGCACUCGCAGCACGCCGAAUACCUGAAGCGGCUUUGGCACGACUCGAUCCGGGUGACGUGCCAUCUGUUAAUCACCUGGGCGAUCCCUUGCCUGCGCCCACGUUCGUGGAGAGUCAACUGCUAGGGCGGGGCCGUCUCAUGCAGCAGCUCAUGAUUGUACAUCUCGCGGGCCGCCCUCCCGAGGUAUUGCCAUGUGCCGUUCAAUCUCAUGGCAUCGCGGUCGUAAACCCUGACCCCAAUAUGCUACGGGGCCAGUUGCCCGCGCGUGUUGCGGAUUUGGCUGGCGCUUUCACGGUGGUUUGCGUGGAUCAAGUCCGAGACCGGCAGGACUUGCUGGAUCGUGUCCGCCGUGCACCAGGCCUGAAAGUGCGUGGCAACGUCGUCGUCGCCUGGGUGCGUUUCCUUCAACAUAACGAUGAAGAUGAAGGUGCAGUGGAUGAAGAAGCUAUACAGGAGUAUGAGCGUAUGGGAUGCAUUGCACAAGUACCGGAAGCACUGCUGCGCUCCGCAAUCGGUCCUACCGAUCCGGAAGUUGCUGGUGUACUGCGAAGUACCUUCCUACACGACCGUACCGGUGCUGCUGGUGUACGGCAGCUGCAUGAAACGUUGCAAGGAAACAUCGUUGGUAAUAACUUUGAUGGCGGUGGCGUUUAUGGUUCACCACUUGAGACAGCUUUCCAGUGGGUCGGUACCACCGGUCUAUUUUUGCUGCCCCGCCUCGCAUCCAACCUGGUGCCGCACAUGCCUGCGAUUGCUCUGGCCUUCGGAUGCAACCAUCUGAUGUCCCUGGCCUGCGAAGUCGACCGGGAUUACACGGCUGACAUCGCCGCCCAACUAGCGCGUCCCAUCAACGAACGCGGCGACUGCCCCCUCCUACAACCCGCCAUUGAUCGCGCCCGUGACGCUGCGUACUACAGCUCCAAGUACACUGCGAAGACAAUCGAACGCAGCCAGGCGCACCUCACAUGUACCGCCGUAGGGCGUGUACAGGACUUCAUGAUGGCAGGUCACCAACCCAGUGCCACUGGUCAUGAACCCAGCGUGUUCGGCAACCUGUGUACCGCGGUGCAUCGCAUGACGGCUACCAUCACGGCCGGCAUGGCACUGGUUGCUUUCAAACUAUCGGGCCACGACACGUUCCAAGCAACCUACAAACGCAACUACCUGGCGACAGGCGCCUUCACUGCACUGGCAUCCGAUUCCGCUGUGGAACCAGAAGACGCGGAAACCGGCGUGGAGCUUGUAGAGGCGGACGAACAUGGCGACUACACCCUCGCCAACGUUGUGCAAAACUACACGCAACGUGGUGUGGAGCUGAGCGGCUUGGACUGCAGCACUUACACCAUCGCAUCCAACUUCGAGGUGAAACGUGUAACACCCGCGCAACACCCUCAUGCUGCCGUCCUUGGCGCUCAAACCCACGCCGUACCUGGCCGCCGCAAACGCAAGGUCCCUGGCGCCGCCAUUACCCCUACGACUGACGCACCUCGCGCUCCAUCUGGCAACCAGCCCGACACUCCAUUGACGUCCCCUGCACCAGCCGGCCCAUCCGUGGAACAGCUGCCCACUAACCCAACGUCAACCAUAUCUCCCAAGAAUGUGGCCUUCCAACCAACGCACCCNCUAUAUCUGACGCACGUACUUCAUCGCCUAGCGCAACCAGGAGUCUUUAAGGCCCACCGUGGCCAACCAGUGGCUGCCGAUCAGACAGUGAAAGAGGCGUACGACGCAUGGUGGAUGGACCUGGGAACCACUGAGACUGGCCGAUCAUACAGAGCCUGUAUCAGCGUCCUACUAGACAACAUCGAAGCAGAACACAUCGCCGGCGCCCGACGUCAAGCCGAUUACAACUUGCGACGUCGCCUACGCCGUACUGCCGCUGCAAACGCCGGUCUGGCUCCCGAAAACAGUUCCAGCGACCCAGACGAUGAAGACCCAGAAGCUGCACGACGCCAUCUCGAACCCGAUCCUACCACACAGCCGCCGCAAGACGCCCAGCUCGAACGGUAUGACUUUGUGCCAGGCCAAGGCGACCCGACGAUGGGGAUCAACCUACCCGACAUCGCCCUAACGGACCUAUACGACCGCACCACGGUGGAAGGCCUCUACGCCUACGGUGCAGCUCGCCGUUGCCGUGUACUUCCUCUCCCUGAUGCACUCGGCGCGAACACCAACCCCUUCAUUCGCCGUGUACGGGCCACUGACGUCGCGCUGCUAAGUGAAGCUUCUAAGCGCCUGAAGCGCUAUCUAGUCGUCUCUGAAGGCACCACAACCACGCCGACCACCACUGAACGGACACCCCGUCUGCAAUUGGAUCGCCGCCCCGGCUACCCACUCGUAGCGGUACUCGUAAACGGCACCCAACAAUCUGACCGUAUCACAGCGGGAAUGCCAACCUACUUGCGUUUAGCACGGCCGCCGACCAUCGAUGAAACCAUCGAGCUGUUUACCCUGGCGCCGGAUCAGGCCGUGCCAUUCAUGCUCAUGGCACGCUACUUCGACCGCCGCAACCAACCCGAUCCAGGUGUCCCACCGCAAAUGCUCGUCAUGGGUCCUCCGGGCACAGGCAAGACUCAGUUCGUACACGCACUGCUGUGGUACACGUACCAACAUGACAGUCCUGACUGGGCCGCCACGUGCGCAUACUCUUGGGCCGCCGCGAUCGCGUUCAACACCCCAGUCCAUCGCAGCCUAUCUACCCACUCCAUGUUCGGCAUCUCAGCCAGCCAAAGCGGCUCCCGUGGCACCAACUUUCCUAAGCGCGGCGCACAUGCUGGCCUUCAA